AUGGCUCACAGCUUCACUCAGGAGUAUUUUCAGAUCCCUGUGGUGACCCGAGCGUACACGACGGCCUGCGUCCUCACCACUGCUGCCGUGCAACUUGACGUCAUCACCCCCUUUCAGCUCUACUUUAACCCCGACCUCAUCAUCCGCAGAUACCAGGUAACAUGUAUCCACUAUUUUAAUCAACUUAGAACUUUAUUGAGAAAAGAACGUUUCAUUAUAUAUUUAUUUUUUGUCUCCGUCUCUCAGAUAUGGCGUCUGAUCACCAGCUUCCUGUUCUUUGGUUCUCUUGGAUUCAGUUUCGUGUUCAACAUCAUCUUUCUGUAUCGAUACUGCCGGAUGCUGGAGGAAGGUUGUUUCCGGGGAAGGACGGCAGAUUUCGUGUUCAUGUUCCUGUUUGGAGGAGCCGUGAUGACUCUGUUCGGUCUGUUCGCCAACGUCUUCUUCCUGGGUCAGGCCUUCAUCAUCAUGCUGGUGUACGUGUGGAGUAGGAGACAUCCGCUCAUACGCAUGAACUUCUUCGGCCUCCUCAACUUCCAGGCCCCGUUCCUCCCCUGGGUGCUCAUGGGAUUUUCGCUGCUGCUCGGAAACUCCAUUGUGGUCGACCUCCUGGGCAUCAGCGUCGGCCACAUGUACUACUUCCUGGAGGACGUGUUUCCAAACCAGCCGGGAGGAAAGAAGCUGCUGGCGACACCGGAGCUUCUGCGAGCGAUGUUUGACGCACCGGAGGAGCCGGACUACCGUCCCCUCCACGACCAGCAGCCGGAGGAGCCAGACUACCGUCCCCUCCACGACCAGCAGCAGGAGGAGCCGCACAACUUACACUAAGAUCCCCAAAUCAUCGGAAAUCCGCUAAAUGAGCGGGUGGAGGAUUUACACCGAGUCCAGAGCCGGAGGAAACUCAAUCAUAAACCAUUUUGUCUUUUCUUUAGGAUUCUGGGAUUCGAUGACACCGGAUGUUUGAACGUGUUGAAUUUGUACUUUGAGGGCUGAGAGGACCGAACCGUGACCCCCCCGGCUGCUGGUUCACACAAACUGCCGACGGCCUGAAAUCCCAUCAGGCCCGUCUGCACACUCUGCACUUUCACCCCGCUGCCUUUGUGGCUCCAACGCUGGGGACAAAAUGGAAACUGCUUAGCACAACAACACGCAAACAAGGAUCUGUGGGAGCCCGACAACAAAAACACAAACUCCAUGCUCGCUGAGUUUGGACUGUUCGACGAUAUGAAGAAACCAGGUUUAUCACGUCAGGAUGGAAAAUCAUCUCCAGGAUCGUUUACAGUGCCAUAAAAAAACUUCAAUACUAACUGGCCUUCAUAUGAAUACUCUAAAAUUAAAAUGUUAAUAUUUUUUGUCUA